UCCAUCAAAACCCGACCACUGACAAAACUGGGAAACACACAUUUGUUCCUAGGUUUGAUUUCCUUGACGUUUUAUGUAUACUCAUCCCCCGUUAUGGAUAUUAUACAAUGCAAUCUUUUAGUCAAGAUCAAGCGAAAGUGGAAAAGUCGCUGGGUCGUUUUACGACGAGUAAACCCAGGAUCUGAAAGAAUAAAUUUGUACAUUUACAAAGAUCGUUUGAGUGCUAUAAGCAAACAUAAAGAAAAAUUCUUGCUUUCGCUUCGAGAUUUCUGUUGUACGGAAAGUAUUGAUAAAGAGAACAAGCAGCCGAAGUUGGUGAUCGUCACUGAGUCACAAGCUCUUUCAUUGAGAUUUGAGAAGCAAGCAGACAGAGAUCAUUGGGUUGAUACCAUUGUCAGUGAGGGAGGUUUCGGAGAAGAUGUAACCUAUGAUGGUAUUCUUCCAAGUAAACAACCAUUGAAAUCAGGUGAAGUGACCCUUCAUAUAUAUCCUAACUUCUUUACCUUGAUACGCAAGCAAAAUUCGCGUUGUAUUGGUCGCUGGAAAUUUGAACAGUUGUUUAACUAUGGGCCAGUCGACGGUGGCUUUGUUUUCCGCGUUGAAAAUGACAUGGAAAAAAGUUCUGAACCAGAUUCAUUUCUUUUGGUGACCUCUUUGGAGAAGCAAAUUAACCGUACCUUUGAUACAGUUUACAAGACCGCCCAACAUAUGUAUGGCAGUGUUGAAGGUCUGCAAAGACCUGUAAAUUCACCAAGAGCUCCAAGACCGAGGUCAAUGAGUGAGCCUUCAGGGUUCAAACGUUUUAUGCAAAGGCUGAGCAUUCGUCGGAAAAGUAGAAGACCGAAAUCUCCCAAGUGGAAGGAGAAAACUAGUGACCGCGCGGGAAUUGAAAGUUGUAGCUCAGCGGGCUCUCCGGAGAAAAACACAAACUAUAGCGAAGGAAGCCUGGGACAAGUGUUCGCAAAAAACGGUGAUGCGAAAGGUUCAGGGAAUCACCUCAGUCCGGAUUCACCUGACAAACGAAAAUCCCAAGAAAGUGCAAUGUCUUCAUCUCCUGGUGUUUCACCGUCUACUUCAGAUGGAGUUCUAUCGAGUCAUGAGCCUGGCGAUGAGAGUACAUCGUCUGAAGAUAUCAAAAAAGCACGGAUGACGGAAAGCAAUCAAGCUAAGGAUAGUAUAAUAGUUGGUGAGCAUGCAAGAAGCGCUUCUUUGAAAGAUGCGAGCGAUACAACUGUAGUCCCAUCAUCCCUUCUCUCUGUGGGCGAUCACCAAGACGACGAAGAUCCGACAAUUUGGCAACGGAGGAGUGCCUUUUUCCCAAAUACAGACGACAUGAUUCGUGAAGGACUCAUGAAAACAAAAGAACCCGAUCGACGUUUGAGUGAUCCACCGCAACGAAACCCCGAGGGGAAUAACAACUCACAAGUAACAUCCCCAGAAGGAAGAUCUUUCGAAGGCGCCGGUAUACAAGCGCGUAGAAACACGAGUGGCAACCGCGGGAAACGACCAAUGUUAACUAUUGAAAUAACGCCAACGCAAAGUGGCAGUGAGCCAUCAUUAAAUCAGUAUGUGAAUUUACCGGAAAAACCAAAGGUGAAGCAGGUGGCUAGACUUCAACCUGGUGAAUGGGAUCGAUACGACAGCGAGGAAAAUGUUUAUCAUCAUUUGGAUAAGGUACUUGGACAACCUGGAUACCAAAAUGUACCGGGAUCAGAGAAAACUGUGAGUUCGACAUCCUUGAAUAAUUCCUAUCAAAAUGUCGCUGGUCGACUCCCGGAUGCUCGUUCGUAUGAGAACGUAGCCGGUCGCAGUGAGAUACAUUAUAUUAACGUCGAAGCAAAACAGUCGUCUGUAAACUAUAUUAAGGUGGCUGGUUCCGGACCACCGACACCGAUACAAAAGAAUCCUUCGUUCAAUUCAAGAAGGGCCAAUCCUGAUUAUACCGAAAUUGACUUUGAUAAAACUAGGCGACUAGGAGAGAUGUCGCGAGAAACGAAGAAAGAGAGGGUAGAAAGAGUGAAAAAGGCUUGAAUUUUAAGACAUGUACGAUUGUGUGUAUAUAUAUUUGGCUAUGUGUCUGAAUCGUCUGAAUAUUUUAUUAUUUUAUUGAAAACGUUGCUACCAGUUUGAGUUUUAUCUUGAAAGAUGCUCGAGAUUUUACGAUCAAUAAACUGUAAUUAAUUACAGAAAAAGUUCCCAGGAGUUGCAUGCACCUGAUUCUUAAAAAAACGCCACUAUGACAGUAACCAUGCAUCAUAGAACUAUGGUUAUUUAUCAUAGAAUAUGUUCUACCAAAGCUUUUCAUAUAAUCUCUAUUUGGGUUAUCUUGACUAGAAACUGUUUACACUCUCAAAUGCAGUGAAUUUUUUAAAGUAUGAGAUAGUUCUUCUGUAGUGUAAGAUGUGAGUGCUUGAGUGCCAUAGUCACUGCUCUAAGGAGGCGUAGCAUUUUUUCUUGAAUUCGUUCCUGCGCAAUACGAUCUUUUAGACAAAUCUAUUUUGGGGAAUAACUUUUUUAUGCUGGAAUUAUGUAGUAUUUUUUAUUAUUUACUUUGUUCUGUCUGCAGAUUUAGUGGCAAUUAUUUUUAAUGUUAGCAAUAGUGUAAAAAAUGUGCGCUGUGGAAAGUAUUAUUACGCUGGGUUUUCAAAGCCCACGCACCUCAAUUCCAUACUUUGUAUUUUGAACGGUAAUUUGUGCUGGUCAUGAAUUCAUGGUUCAACAUAUCAAUAGUAGAGUGAGAACAUUUUUCAAAAUAAUUACAUUAAUGUAGUAAACUUUUUUUCAUGAAAAUAAAGUGUAUUUCGCUGGAAUUCAAUAGUUUUAU